UCGAGAUCCAAAUGCAUUCUUAUCUCUCUCUCACUCUCUCAACGCCUCCGUCGUUUCGGCGUGGAUCGAAGCGGAAUGGUCGGCCUCCUUAGCUCAAAUCUCGUGUUUUCUUUUUGACCUUCGGGUUGCUUUCAUUGUGCGAUCCGUGAUUCGUGAUUCAGAUAUUUCACAGCUGGCUUGCGAAGUCGAAAUUUUCUUCCUGAUGAUCUGGUUUGUGAUUUGGUGGAGCAUCCGGAAUCCAGGGUAUGCUGCUUUUGCGUCUCAGGUGCAAUGAACCAACACAGCGCACUCGGUUGAUGUUCAUGCACUUAAGUCCUUUUUUGUUAGUUUCUUGUCCCGUUGAUUUUUGAAUUCUUGGAUUUGUUGGAGGAAGGAGAUUAAAGGAAAGCUCUAAAAGGUGGAUUUGAGGCAUCAAGGAGUGAUUGUGUCGCUAAGAAUCAAUGCUGAAUGUUGAAGGUGGUGGAAUGGAGCAGAAUCGGCACGAAGAUUGUUCUCAACCCUGUUCAAAUUUGUGCCCUAAUCAUAGUUCACAGUGUGAUUCUUCCUCUCAAAGUGGCGAGGAAAAGGGAGGAGGGCCAGGUCAGACUUCACAGGCAAUUCACAUGGGUGGGGCAGUGGAUUCUCCUGAUCUUAUCGUUGUGAUCACUCAGCCAGAGGAGGUUCCACUCCCCGGCAUGAGCAUCUCCCAGAGUAAAGCUUCAGAAGGCGACGAGAAAAUCGGUAUGAUGGCUGCUACAUCUGCGGUUACUUCUCUGAAGGUUUUCUUGCCGAGGAGUGAGAGUUACAAGGAUCAGUGCAGAGUUUGUCAACAGCAAACAGAAGAACCACUGAUUGAUCUUGGGUGCAGAUGUCGAGGUGAGCUUGCAAAAGCACACAGCUCUUGCAUACAAAUUUGGUUCCGUACUAAAGGCUCAAAUCAAUGCGAGAUAUGCCAGCAGGUGGCAGCAAAUGUGCCAUUUCCAGAGCCCCAGUCAAGUACAAGUUACUGGAUUUGGAGGGUAAAUUCAGGUCACAACAGGGGGCAACAAGAAAAUGAAAGAGGAUGGUUGAACCCACUUUGGGUUGCAUUUGCCAUUAUAAUUGGAGGACUUAUGUUGGAUGUACUAAUAUCAGUUUCUCUUGGAAUUUCUUCACGUCCGGUGAACAUCAUAACUGGUGUUCUCAUCCUGCUGGGAAUGGCUGCUGCUCUGCGGCUUUCGCUGGAAUGCUGUCGAGAGUUGGGUCAAACAAGAAAUACUCAGGCACAAGUGACUUUUAAUCUUGGGUAUCAUCCUGCGAUAUAGCUCUUGUCGUGAAUAACACAGAGAGUAGAGCUUUUGCCUUUUAUAUUUUUCUGGUGUCAUAUAAACUGCUGACUUCACAGGUGAUUGGGUCAGUGUCAAUUAUCUGCUUCUUAAAUAUGCUGCAUAGUGUUUACUUGUCAUUUGAAGUUUCUUGAGAUUUAUGUGCUAUUUAUGCUUACACUCUGCUCUUGUUGUAUGUAAUUGUACUACUAGCUUUGAUUUUUUUAGAUGGAAUGGUUACCUUGAUUUUGGCU